ACAACGAGUCUCGACAUGGUCGAACGAGGUUUAUGCUCCGAGAACAUCAGAUACGUCCGCAUUGAUGGUAAUGUCGCCCCCAAGAACCGUGUGUAUGCUAUAGAGCAACUUCGCCACAACCCGAAAGUUCGAGUAAUACUUCUUACAAUGUCCUGUGGCGCCUGUGGGUUCAAUCUGACGGCAGCUUCAGUAUUACACUUGCUUCAACCCCAAUGGAAUCCAUCACUCGAAUAUCAGGCGUUUGCUCGUGUACAUCGUCUCGGGCAAACACGUCCAGUGACCAUUUUCAAGUACAUCAUGUAG